AUGGGUCUGGGAGCAUCUCGCCAAGCAUUUUUUGCCAUAGACCUGCCAGCCAGCAUCAGUGCACGAGGCUGCAAAUAUCUGUCAAUUUGCUCGGUGGAUGGCCAAGUGGUGGCGGUGCCUUACAGUGCUAAGAAGAUUUUGGUGGUGGAUGCAUCAUCUCGCCAAGCAUUUGCCAUAGACCUGCCAGCCGGCAUCACUGCAGGACAAGGCUGCAAAUAUCUGUCAAGUUGCUCGGUGAAUGGCCAAGUGGUGGCGGUGCCUUACAGGCUGAAUGCAUCAUCUCGCCAAGCAUUUGGACCUGCAUCACUGCAGGCCACUUCAGUGUCAAGUUGCUCGGUGAAUGGCCAAGUGGUGGCGGUGCGUGAGAAGAUUUUGGUGGUGGAUGCAUCAUCUCGCCAAGCAUUUGCCAUAGACCUGCCAGCCGGCAUCACUGCAGGACAAGGCUGCAAAUAUCUGUCAAGUUGCUCGGUGAAUGGCCAAGUGGUGGCGGUGCCUUACAGUGCUGAGAAGAUUUUGGUGGUGGAUGCAUCAUCUCGCCAAGCAUUUGCCAUAGACCUGCCAGCCGGCAUCACUGCAGGCCACUUCAGCAAAUAUCAGUCAAGUUGCUCGGUGAAUGGCCAAGUGGUGGCGGUGCCGUGCGAACAUAAGAAGAUUUUGGUGGUGGAUGCAUCAUCUCGCCAAGCAUUUGCCAUAGACCUGCCAGCCGGCAUCACUGCAGGACAAGGCUGCAAAUAUCUGUCAAUUUGCUCGGUGGAUGGCCAAGUGGUGGCGGUGCCUUACAGUGCUAAGAAGAUUUUGGUGGUGGAUGCAUCAUCUCGCCAAGCAUUUGCCAUAGACCUGCCAGCCGGCAUCACUGCAGGCCACUUCAGCAAAUAUCUGUCAAGUUGCUCGGUGAAUGGCCAAGUGGUGGCGGUGCCUUACAGUGCUGAGAAGAUUUUGGUGGUGGAUGCAUCAUCUCGCCAAGCAUUUGCCAUGGACCUGCCAGCCGGCAUCACUGCGGGACAAGGCUGCAACUAUCAGUCAAGUUGCUCGGUGAAUGGCCAAGUGGUAGCGGUGCCUGACAAUGCUGAGAAUAUUUUGGUGGUGGAUGCAUCAUCUCGCCAAGCAUUUGCCAUAGACCUGCCAGCCGGCAUCACUGCGGGCCAAGACUGCAAAUAUCUGUCCAAAUAUCUGUCAAUUUGCUCGGUGAAUGGCCAAGUGGUGGCGGUGCCUUACAGUGCUAAGAAGAUUUUGGUUGUAGAUUUUGCAAAGCCGUAUUCCCCAUAUCAGACCUUGGACUUGCAUACAAGCGAUGUCCACAACACCCCACAGUUCGUUGAUCUGGUGGCAGCUGUGCUCAGCUCUUGGAUUUAUACUGAUGAACCAGAGCCUCCCCAGAUGGCUCAUGUAACUUUCAAGGUCCACAUUAUCAUUCAGCCUGGUGACCUCGGGAGAGCAGUGAAAAUUGCAAGUGUUACUGCCCACUUGCCACGCGAGCAAGUUUUGUUCAUUGUGUUCAAAGGCACGUCGUACAUCUUGGACUUCUUAAGUUGGAAUUUGGAAUAUGAUCAUGGCGCUACAAACGAGGUUGAUUUCUUUGCUCACAGCGGCGCAGCAAGUGUAGUUAAGAACAGCAAAUUCCUGAAAUGCGAUGCGCUCUUGGGGCGCUUGGUUGCUGCGGAGGCACAAGGAGUGCAAAAGGUUGCCUUUACAGGGCACUCUCUUGGAGGCAUGUAUGCACAAAUGUCUUUGUUUUUGGCUUGGGCUGAGCUUGAAGCAGGCUCAGGCGCUUUGCGGGAGACCUUGUUGAAGUUCAAAGUGCGGUGCUUUGCUUUCGGCGCUCCCAUGGUGUUUGGUGGUAACUCCGACAAAGCAAAGGAGUUCAAGCGCUUUGCAAGAGACAACGCUGUGAACUACAUCCAUGCCAAUGAUCCGUGCCCACGAGCUUGGGGCGCUUUGAAUCUGCGAGACUUUGUGCAGCAAGCAGCCGAAGCAGCCAAGACGGGGUUGCGAGACACACAUGGCAGCAUCGGAGGCAGAGUCGCAUCAGCUGUUGUGGACACAAUGGCUGCCCAUCUGCUAGGAAGGCCAGAUUUCAGUCACCUAGAGGACUUGGCUCGGAAGUACGAACAUUUCAUUCCUCUACGGGUUCUGAGUACCCAGAGGCAACAUGUUCGUUGGAAGGAAUUCCGGCUGACGCCAGGCUGUCUUGAGGACCAUUCAGUGGUCGCUUACGUGAACAGACUGUUUGAUGCGUUCGACACUAGCCGGCCUGCAUGCCACGUUCACGCUCAGACCUUUUGA